AUGGAGGGAGAGAAUAGUAUAGAGAAAGGAUUAUUAUUGAAAAAUAAGGAAGACAGAGACUCUGAAACUACAGUAACUCCACUUCUUGUCUUCACCACUUUCAUCAUUGUCUCUGCCUCCUUCAGCUUUGGCAUUGCCACAGGUUACACUGCCGGUACAAUGUCCUCCAUCAUGGAAGAUAUUGAUAUCUCUAUCGCACAAUUUUCGAUAUUUGGUUCGCUAUUGACGUUUGGAGGAAUGAUCGGUGCAAUAUUUAGUGCCACAAUUGCAGAUUAUUUUGGUCGUAAAAUGACUUUGUGGGUCGCCGAGGUAUUCUGCAUAAGUGGCUGGCUCGCAAUUGCACUAGCCAAGAAUAUAAUUUGGUUGGACUUUGGACGAUUCUUUGUGGGAAUUGCAGUUGGUCUCCUUAGCUACGUGAUUCCUGUAUAUAUCGCAGAAAUAACUCCCAAAAAUGUACGAGGCACUUUUACAUUUAGCAAUCAGCUGUUACAAAAUUGUGGGCUCGCAACCGCAUAUUACCUUGGAAAUUUCAUGUCCUGGAGAACGAUAGCCUUAAUCGGCAUUAUUCCAUGCUUGAUACAACUUUGUGGCUUGUUCUUCAUCCCCGAAUCUCCAAGAUGGCUGGCAAAAGAAUGCCGCGACGAAGAAUGUAAGGUUGUUCUUCAGAAACUAAGAGGAACAGAAGCUGAUAUUGUGAAGGAAUCUCGUGAAAUCAUGAUUUCUGUUGAAGCUACCGCAAAUAUCAGCAUGCGAAGUCUUUUCAAAAGGAAAUAUACCCGUCAGCUUACGAUCGGUGUAGGUUUAAUGCUUAUGCAACAAUUAUGUGGAAGUACAGGAAUUGGUUAUUACGCAGGCAAAAUAUUUGAGCUUGCCGGUUUUCCUUCUAAGAUUGGGAUGACGGUGUUGUCUAUUGUCGUGGUCCCAAAAGCAAUAUUGGGUAUGUUAAUUGUGGAUCGAUGGGGAAGACGACCGCUUCUUAUGACAUCAGCGUCUGGGAUAUGUUUAAGUUGUAUCCUUAUUGCGUUAGCAUUUGGACUGAAAGGUGUCCCUGGGAUUGUAAAUUUUACUCCCGUUAUGGUCUUUAUUGGAAUAUUGACAUAUAGUAUGAUGUUCGCUGCUGGAAUAGGAGCGCUACCAUGGAUUAUAAUGUCUGAGAUUUUUCCGAUGGAUAUGAAAGUAGUAGCUGGGAGUUUAGUAAGCAUAACAAAUUGGUUUACUGGUUGGAUCGUCAGCUACUGUUUCAAUUUUAUGCUUAUUUGGAGCCAAACCGGGACUUUUAGUAUAUUCGCCAUGAUAAGCGGAUUAACAAUUAUAUUCGCAUGGUGCUUGGUUCCUGAGACUCGAGGAUUAACUUUAGAAGAAAUCCAGCUUCGACGUGAUUAA